CGCAAACCCCAUAAUAACCUUCUCACGACUGCUAUUCAGCCAUGAAAGAGCCAUUACGCUAAUUACUCUUCCUGCCGUGCAGCAGACUCGGGAAGAGAAAGGGCGUGAGCGUGUUUUACCUGGCUGGUGACUUUCGGAGGGGUCGUUCCCGAAAACAGAGCAAGUUUUCAUUGGGUGGCCGGAAGAAGACACAACUGAGAUAGGAAUGUUUGGAGAUGCCGUGGAUAUUGAUUAUCUCCGAGCCUGCUGCAGUCUAUCUUUCUCUUCCUUCUCUCGCAGAUCUCUUCAUCAGCCGGUGUUGGACCUGCAGGCUGCCAGCAGGAGGGGUGCAGGGAGGGGUGAUAGAUAAAUAAAUAACCCAAUAAAGGAUGCAUUGAGAGGGUGUGUGUGUAGCCAAGAGAAGAGUGUGCCUGCUCAAACAGUCCAGAGUCUUGUUGAAGGCUGGCUGCACUGCAGAGCAGGGGGGGAAAGCACAGAGAAGGGACCUUGAAGGAUUUUCGGCUGCACUGCAGAACGAUGCCACUGCAGUAAAGCACUGAAACAGAGGCAUGAGGUCCACCGGCGGACCCCCGUCCUGCUCGCGCCAGGUGAGAAGUUAGUUCAGAGCUGAUAUCAGAGGUCUUCAUGCCUCGGGACUCUCCGGGAGGAGAGUGAGGGAGAGAGACAAAAAGAAAGGGAGGGAAGCAGAGGAGGAGGAGUAGGGUGAUGGUGCUGUAUUUUUGGAUAAGGGAUCUCCUGAAUUAAGUGUGGCUGGAAUAAAGAUGUAGUGUGAGCAGGAGGCUGAACAAGGACGGUGCUGUGCUCCACUGUGGUGGAGAGGAGCGGAGCAGACGCCUGGCAGACACACACUCGCACACACACCGACUCCACCAGAGGAGAGAGAGAGAGAGAGAGAGAGACCACCGUCACAGCUGCGGGGCUGGGAAGAUGCCCUCUCGAUUUGGCACUGCGGUGCGGAUCUUCAUCACCACCCUAUUCGCAGCAGUGGUGCUUUUUGCUAUCCUACUAGCCUAUGUGACAGGCUACCAGUUCAUCCACACCGAGCAGCACCACCUGUCUUUUGGCCUGUACGGUGCCUUUCUGUCCCUCCACCUCCUCCUGCAGAGCCUCUUCGCCUAUCUGGAGCACCGACAGAUGCGUGGCCCCUCCAGACCUCAGCACCUGCGUCACACCGUGGCCCUCUGCAUCGCAGCCUAUCAGGAAGAUCCGGACUACCUUCGCAAGUGUCUGCGGAGCAUUCGCCGCAUUUCUUUUCCCGGGCUUAAAGUGGUGCUGGUGGUGGAUGGGAAUCGGCAGGAGGAUUCCUACAUGAUGGACAUCUUCCAGGAGGUGAUGGGGGGAGUGGAGCAGACGGGCUGUGUGGUGUGGAAGGGGAAUUACCACAGCGACGGGGAUGGGGGAGGAGGGAAAGGCUCAUUGCAUGCCGAGGAAGCUGCACAUGUGGCCAGGGUGGUGCGGAGCUGCCAUUACUCCUGCAUCAUGCAGGAGUGGGGCGGCAAGAGAGAGGUGAUGUAUACAGCCUUCAAAGCACUGGGAGAUACUGUGGAUUACAUACAAGUAUGUGAUUCUGACACUGUACUUGAUCCAGCAUGCACCAUUGAGAUGCUGAAGGUUCUAGAGGAGGAUCCAGAAGUGGGUGGGGUGGGAGGAGAUGUCCAGAUUCUGAACAAGUACGACUCCUGGAUCUCCUUUCUGAGCAGUGUCCGGUAUUGGAUGGCGUUCAACAUAGAGCGGGCCUGCCAGUCUUACUUUGGAUGUGUGCAGUGCAUCAGUGGACCUCUGGGAAUGUACCGCAACUCUCUCCUCCAACAGUUCCUGGAGCCCUGGUACCACCAGACCUUCCUAGGAAGCAAGUGCAGCUUCGGUGAUGACCGGCACCUCACCAACCGCGUCCUCAGCUUCGGCUACAAAACCAAGUUCACGGCACGCUCACAAUGCCAGACCGAGACCCCCACGCAAUACCUGCGCUGGCUCAACCAGCAGACCCGCUGGAGCAAGUCUUACUUUCGAGAGUGGCUCUACAAUGCGCUUUGGUUCCACAAGCACAGCCUCUGGAUGACAUAUGAAUCUGUGGUCACUGGGUUCUUCCCCUUCUUUCUGGUGGCUACAGUCAUCCAUCUGUUCUACCGAGGUCGGUUGUGGAACAUCUUGCUUUUCUUGCUGACGGUCCAGCUGGUGGGCAUGGUGAAAGCCACCUAUGCCUGCUUCCUGCGGGGCAGCCUUGUCAUGAUCUUCAUGUCAUUGUACUCACUACUCUACAUGUCAAGCUUGCUGCCUGCCAAGAUCUUUGCCCUGUUGACUAUUAACAAAGCAGGUUGGGGCACAUCAGGCAGGAAAAAGAUAGUGGUAAACCUUAUUGGAGCUGUGCCUGUGACCAUGUGGGCGGCCAUACUGCUCGGUGGCGUGGUUUAUACCAUUUACUGCGAGGUGCAAGAACCCUUCAGUGAAACUGAGAAGGCUCUUCUUAUUGCGGGCACCAUCCUCUAUGCCUGUUACUGGCUCAUACUUCUGGUGCUCUACCUGGCCAUAGUGGCCAAGCGCUGUAACAAAAGAGAGGAACAGUACCACCUAUCCUAUGCCGAAGCAUAGUCUUUCUAAAAGAUCAAUACACGCUGUCAGGGCUCAUUUGAAAUGGACCUGUCUUUACCUGGUGCUGCAAUCCUGGAUAUAGUUGGAUCAUGUGCAGGUCCAAGACUGUUGGUUGUUAGUUAUUUUAACUAUGCUAGCUACGGCUAUAUGAGAGCUUUUGGACAAAAUCAAGAGCUUUUGAGAAAGCUAUGAUUUACAUGAGUUAAUAUCAGGAAUUGUCCUUCUCGUGAUUAUAAAGCAGACAUUGAGGAGGUGCCAGCCAAGGCGGGCACAAAAAGUAGAGCCAAAUGUUAAUGUAAGAGUGAUAAGUUAAUGUAGUUAAGCUGACAUAUGAAGUUAAAGGGUUAUAUUGGUGCUUGAACUUAUAAUUAUACAGAAUGUGUUCUGUCAAGGUUAGAGAGGUGUGUGCCAAAACUUAAAGAAACCUGCAUAAGACACUAACCUGGUUUUACUUGCCAAAUCCAGUCAGUAUUUUAAUGUCUUUAAUCUGACAAUCCAGCAUAAUUCUAUAUUUCAUCAUUAGAAAUUGUGGUGCUUCUGAUACUUUUGUGGUGUAACAUGAUAGAACAUUGAAGAAAGAGCAAACAGCAUUUAAAUGAGAGAUUUAUGAUACUCCACAAUGAUUUACUACACUGUAGGCUACAUGUUUACAGUUCGAGAUUUUUAAAG